AUGGUAGCUAAACAUAAAGAGUAUACGGUUAAAGAGUUAAAGAAAGCUUUACAAAAUUUAAAAUCCAAAAAGGGUGAUCUCAGUGAAAUUAAAUACGUAUCGCGUACAUUGCGUGACAAGCUCCGUAACAAUAGCAACGACGCCGAUGACUUAAAUGACAGUGAGUCUUUUAAUCACAACAAAUAUCUGGAACGAAGCUUUUGGGGCUAUGUUAAAAAUAUAAUCAAUAGAAAAGACGCAGUAUUACCAUCAUUUAACAUGACUGAUUGCCUUUCUUAUUUCUCUAAAUCUCUGGCUAAAAUUAAUCCUAACAAGCUAUUUGUAAUUCCCAGCUGGAUCCCAAUGUUAUCUGAUCCUGAAGUUCAAUUUAACCUUGACCCCCCGACCUAUCAACAAAUUACGAAUGUUAUACGCAAAAUGAAAUCGUCUGGUUCUCCUUGCCCUCUUGAUCAACUUUCUAUAAUAAGUUUCAAGCAUUGUCCUUAUCUGAGAACUUACCUUACUGAGCUAAUUCACGAUAUUUGGUUAUCUGGAACUGUCCCAACUGAGUGGAAAAGAGCAUGUACCAUACUAAUCCACAAGAAAGGCAACAAUAAUGACCCUUCAAAUUUCCACCCCAUAACACUCGAAUCCAUACCUUUAAAAGUAUUUACAUCUUGUCUUCGAAACGCAGUAUACUCCUUCCUCGCAUCUAAUAACUUCGUAGAACACAACAUACAAAAAGGCUUCACCCCUAACCUAUCUGGCACUCUAGAACAUACUGCACAAAUGGCUGACAUUAUUAAUAAAGCUCGGAUCAGACAACGCUCUGUUGUCAUCACCCUACUUGAUCUUAAGAAUGCUUUCGGCGAAAUCCAUCACAACCUCAUCCAAUCCGUACUUGACUACCACCAUAUCCCUGAUCAUAUAAAAUUUGUUAUAAAAAGUUUAUAUACUGAUUUCCAAACCUCGAUAAUUACCUCUGAAUUCCGCACUCCUUUUAUGACAGUUGGCCGUGGCGUAUUGCAAGGAGAUUGCCUCAGUCCUCUUCUUUUUAACAUGUGCUUCAAUACAUUCGUUCAGCAUAUCAAAGCUGAAAAAUAUCGUCAAUUUGGGUUUUCCUUCAAAUUACUAAAUCCCAUCCACUGGUUCCAGUUUGCUGAUGACGCGGCUGUAAUUACUGGCCAAGAAUCCGGAAACCAACAUCUAUUAAAUCGAUUUUCUAUCUGGUGCCAAUGGUCCGAUAUGAUUAUCCGAGUUGACAAAUGCAAGACCUUUGGCAUUAAAAAAGCCAUCACAAAAUCAGUUCAGUACUUGCCAAAACUCCUCAUCGGCAAUCAACUAAUACCAAAAAUCCUUAUUGGAGAAUCAUUUCAAUAUUUAGGACGUUACUUUGAUUUUCACAUGUCGAAUGAUAAUCAUAAAACUGAGCUAACCAUCCUACUUAAUGAACUAAUGUCUGAUAUUGACUCAAAGCCACUACAUCCCAAAAAUAAACUGCUCCUCUACAGUCGCUACGUCUUGUCCAAGUUAUCCUGGCACUUCACCGUCGCAACACUCUCUAAAACAUGGGUUACUGAAAAUAUCGACUCUAUUGCCAACAAAUAUAUCCGCAGAUGGCUUGAAGUACCAAUAUCAGGAACACUAAGUACUGUCUUUCUAACAAAUAACAAAUUUGGCCUGAGUAUUUAUCCUCCAUCUCGGAUUUUCGUUCUGGACACGAAAACAAACUCCUGA